AUGGAAAUGCUCUGUCUUGAGUGUAUCAGUUUUGAUAUUCUGGGUGUGAUCUUGCAAGAUAUUUCCACUGGAGGAAAACAGAGGGAGUGCCUGUCUGUCCACAUUGGCCAAGCUGGCGUCCAGAUUGGGGAUGCCUGUUGGGAGCUCUACUGCCUGGAACACGGAAUCCAGCCAGAUGGCGUUGUUCUCGACGGCAGGCAGGAUCUGCAGGCACAUGCCAAAACGGAGCCUAUGGGUGCAUCUUUCGAUUCCUUCUUUUGUGAGACCAGAGCUGGGAAGCACGUGCCCAGAGCACUCUUCAUGGACCUGGAGCCAACUGUUGUAGAUGAGAUCCGUGCAGGCAGGUACCGCUCACUCUUCCACCCGGAGCAGCUCGUCAGCGGAAAGGAGGAUGCUGCAAAUAACUACGCCCGUGGUCGCUACUCUGUGGGGCCAGAGAUCCUCGAUCUGGUGCUGGAGAGGCUCCGAAAGCUGGCGGAACAGUGCAGUGGUCUUCAGGGAUUUUUGAUUUUCCGAAGCUUUGGAGGCGGCACUGGAUCAGGAUUUACGUCUCUCUUAAUGGAGCAGCUCUCCAGAGACUACAGCACGAAGGCUAAACUGGAGUUUUCUGUCUACCCAGCCCCCCGGAUCUCCACAGCUAUAGUGGAGCCUUACAACACCAUCCUCACCACCCAUCCCACCAUAGAGCAUGCGGACUGUACCUUCCUGGUGGAUAACGAGGCCAUCUAUGACAUAUGCCAUCGCAAACUUGACAUUGAACACCCCUCUUAUGCCAGCAUCAACAGGCUGCUGAGUCAGGCAGUAUCUUCCAUCACUACUUCCCUCCGGUUUGAGGGGGCCCUGAACGUGGACCUGAUUGAAUUUCAGACCAACCUCGUACCUUACCCUAGAAUACACUUCCCCGUGACCAGCUUCGCCCCCAUCAUCUCUGCGGACAACGCCCACCACGAGGAGCCCUCUGUGUCAGACAUCACAGCUGCUUGCUUCGAGUCCUCCAACCAGCUGGUCAAGUGUGACUCUCGCCUGGGGAAGUACGUGGCCUGCUGCCUGCUCUACAGAGGGGAUGUGGUCCCCAAGGACGUGAACACGGCAAUUGCAGCCAUGAAGACAAGGAACUCUGUCCAGUUUGUAGAUUGGUGUCCAACUGGAUUCAAGGUGGGCAUCAAUGGUCAUCCCCCCCGGGCAGUGCCGGGAGGGGACCUGGCCGAGGUCCAGCGGGCUGUCUGUAUGCUGAGCAACAGCACGGCGGUCGUGGAGGCCUGGGCCCGCCUGGGACACAAGUUCGACCUCAUGUACGCCAAGAAGGCGUUUCUGCACUGGUACAUUAGGGAAGGCAUGGAGGAAGGCGAGUUUGUAGAAGCCAGGGAAGACUUGGCAGUCUUGGAGAAGGAUUACGAGGAAGUGGGGCGAAGUUUCUGAUGCAGAUCUGACUGGUGACAAUGAAUGCUAAGCUUAAGUGUCACGCUUUACACUUAAAGGCUAGAGUUCCCUUGAUGAGCAGAAAAAGGAAAUUAAGUCAAGCGAGACCCCGAGUUCCAAUCAAAUGGGUCCAUAUUAACAAUGAGCCCACAUUUCCUUGUCUGUUAGUGUCACUCAGCACUGCACCCUGUGAACCUUCUAAGAUUUGGAGUCCUUUGAAUUUCUGGGGCUCAUCUUUUUUUUUUUUUUGUCAGAAUGGAAGCCUGGCUUUCUUCUUUGCUUUUUCAACCAAGUGACUGUGAAACCCUAAAGUGAAUGCUCUUCCUUUCCUGUUCCUGAGGUGGAAAAUAGCAUGUAAUGAUUAUUAAUGUUAUUUUCCCAUAUAUAUAUUUUGUACAUUGAUUAAGUAAUGAAUAUUUUCAAUAUGAGUCUUUUCCUUCUUCCAAGGCCUUAAGGUCUCAGUUUGCUUUUUAUACAG